GGCGGGCCCCCGGGGGCGGGCUCCCGGCCCCGCCCCGCCCCGCCCCUCGCUUCGCGGCGGCGGGUGGGCUCCGCGCAGGGAGGCAGCGGCGCGGCGUCGGUAUGGGGCCGUUGCUGUGGCCCCGGCUGCUGCUCGGGUGCUUCGUGCUGCUCCUGCCGCCGCCCGGCGCCGCCGAGUUCAGCCCCUCCCUGGACAGCGACUUCACCUUCACGCUUCCCGCUGGCCGCAAGGAGUGCUUCUACCAGCCCAUGCGCAAGGAGGCCUCGCUGGAGCUCGAGUACCAGGUUCUAGAUGGAGCAGGAUUAGACGUUGAUUUUCAUCUACUGUCUCCAAAAGGUGAAACUCUAGUUUUUGAUGAAAGAAAAUCAGAUGGAGUUCAUACGGUGGAAACAGAAGAUGGGGAUUACAUGUUCUGCUUUGACAACACAUUCAGUACCAUUUCUGAAAAAGUGAUUUUCUUUGAACUGAUCCUGGACAAUAUGGGAGAAGACGGACAGGAUCAGGAAGACUGGAAGAAGUACGUUACAGGCACAGAUCUCCUAGAUAUGAAAUUGGAAGACAUUCUGGAAUCCAUCAACAGUGUCAAAGCCAGAUUAAGCAAAAGUGUCCAGAUUCAGACCCUGCUCAGAGCAUUUGAGGCUCGUGACCGAAAUAUACAAGAAAGCAACUUCGACAGAGUGAAUUUCUGGUCCAUGGUCAACUUGGGAGUAAUGGUGGUGGUAUCAGCUCUUCAGGUUUACAUGUUGAAAAGUCUCUUUGAAGAUAAGAGGAAAAGUAGAACUUAAUAUUCAGUAUGAUCAUAACAAUUAACACAUAUGGGGGAGAGGGGAAGCAAUAAACUACUAAAGAAAAAAACAAACAUGACCUUUCAGAUUCUUUUGAACAGGCACUAGCCAUCAGGUUUUUAAUUCAUGUUGGACUUUUUGGUUGUUAUGUGGUGGUAGUCUUUGGUUUUGUUUGUUUUUUUUUUUUUUUUAACAUGAACAGAAUGCCUUGCCCCAAGCCCUUCCACUUUUCCAAGUGCUACUACAUCAUUUUUUUUUGUACUUGUAGCAUUUGUUAAUGAUUGUUAAUGAUUAACUUGUGCAGAGGAUGCUUGGUGCAUAUGCAAAGUAAUGUUAAUACUGUCCUUUUUUUCAUGUUCACAUAAAACUUUAAAUGGUAACUUAGAUAUUGGUUUAUUUGCUGUUAAACACUGAGUGAAUUUACAUAUGUGCCUAAGUGUUUACAGGAUUGGGGCCUACGGGGGUAGCCUGUAGUUACUGUCAUCUAUCUUCAAAGUUAGGUGUUUUUAAAAAUCGUCAGCUUUUGUUGUACAGUAUAAUGGAGAAACACUGGGCUAACAUUGUGAGAACAAAAUGAGAACUCUUUCUAUAUACAGAUGACUUAAUAUCAGCACUUUAAAAAAUCAUCAUCAAUGUGAAAUUGAAUUACUGUUGAAAAGAAUAGGAGAAAAAAGGUACAAUUCCUGUUCAUAAAUCUCUGUCCUGUAGUUGUACAACCCUGUUUUCCUUUUUGGCUGUUACAUAAGAUUCAAGAGACAAGUGACUACAUGGUAUAAACAAAUGCACACAUGCACCUUGAAGUAUGGUUUGCAAACUCUGUUACUGUAAUUUCAUGUAAUAGAUAAUUUUCAAGAGGUAAUUUCUCAUAUUAUUCUUUCCCUUUAGUAAAGGGGGGGGUAUCACAGUAUGUGAAAACAUUCCCGUAACAUUCUCAAAAUCCCUCUUAUUUGCCAAUUUUGGGGGGUUUUGUCUACUACCAUCUAUGACUAAUGUAGCAUUUAACAGAGUGACUUACAUAGGCAUGAAAAACCAAAGCUGUGCACCUAAACUUUCUCUUUUUGCUAACCCUCACAUGUCUUUUAGCUGUGUAAGUACACUCAGUUCAUAUGAGUAGUGUUUCUAGAUCUAGCUAUUUAUGAGUAAGGCAUGAAUUACAUGAGCAAUAAGUACAGGCUUCAAAUUUUAGGAUCAACUGAAUAUGUAAUAUCACUUAACUAAGGCAAAAGCUAUCCUCAAAUCAGUAAUUUGUAAUUUCUAGAUGAAGUGAUUUUUAACAGUGUAAUGAGGGUAUGGAGAAUUUUUGCCAAAACCCCUGGUGUGUAAGAAUUAACUUUUUUUAAUAGUUCAAUAGUCAUUUUUACAGUAUGCCAAGUCACUGAAAUUUCCUGUAUAAAUGUGUUAAAAGUACAUUUCAUCACAAAAGUGUUUUUAAAAAACACUUUCUUAAAAAGAUAUUUUUUAAAAAGUGUAUGUACUAGUGUUGUGCCUGAUGUUGUGUCAUCUGGGUAUGAACAGCAGAAUUGGAACUGUUGAGAUUUUCUGUGAUUAAAAAUUUUAUGGAGAUGAAACAGGGUCAAUAGAUGCAUGAAGAAACAGUUUGUUCAAAUGAAGCAGAUGCUAGCAAGGACUAGAAUACAUAGAAACAGCACUUCAGCUUCAACUGCAGACAAUGGGUCCUAGCAAUAAUAUUUCUAAAUAGCUUUUAUAAGCAAAAGUAUUAUUCCUUACCGAACUUGUUAUAGAGGGCCCCAAAGGCUGUUGAGCUACUUUUUCUUUCUGCAAAGCUGUGUCCACAAUAAGAUUGUUUUCCUUUAGGAUUCUGCAUGUCUUUCUCCGCAUGAUGCUUUCUGUUCUAAACUGCUGGAAUUACAAAUCUUAUUUCUGUGAUCAGGACAAAGUCAGGAAAAAAAUAAUUCUUUCUGCUGGAGUGGCAAAUAUUUUUUCUGCCAUUUCCCUGUACAUCUCCUAGUACCAAUAUACCACAUAUCAACAUGAGGGCAUAAGCCAAGACUCACUGAAGUCAACUUCCAAGGUUUUGAUCAGGUCCCUUCAGGACAGGCAAAUAAGAUUCUUAGGGCUCUGUCCCCUUUGCUAAAAGGGGAGAUCUAUCUUAACUUGCAUCACUAUGAGCGUGAUCCUGCAAACCAUCUGCAAAAUGCUGAACCAGCUCUGUGAAGCUGUGACUAAAGACAUCUACCUCUUACUUCAAAGCUACAAGAUUCUACAUUUCAGCCUAGACCUUCAGCAGAUGAGCUCUGCCAAGUUUGCCAAGGGCACCUCAAGGGAUUAGGUUCCCCAGCUGCUUUGCUGUACUUCUGACAGUGGUUAUACAUCCAGUGGCGAAACAACAUGGCUUAUUAGCCUAAGCUGCUAAUGAAUGCAGACUUCUCUGAUCAAAGACACAAGACUGAACUGCAGCAGUUUCUCCGAUUACAAAUAGCAGUCUCUGGUAGAAGGAAAAUAAUGCAACAAUUGUCAGCAGAGUUCAUCUGGAAGAAAUUAUUAUUUUGCAACUAAGCUCUAACUGUAUUUUCUCCCCAUUCAAGGUUCAUUAUAGAAAGUGAAACAGAAUAAAAGGUAACUGCUUUGACUUUGGCAGCUGGAAUAUGUUUAUCACAGGUGAAGGAUCUGGCAUUUAAACUUGCAGCUAAAUAAAAUUUCAUUUGGAUUUUGAUGAGUAGAUUGCUUUUGAUUAUAUAAAAUUUACAAAGGAGAAUAUAAAUCUGAUUUUUUUCUUAAUGGACUUUUAAUUCAGAACUAAAUGUUUUAAGACUUGCCUAUGUUGAGUAAAAUUAUGCAAACUGAGGUUUUCAAUAAAUUAAAGUUUAAACCUG